GACGAAGGACUUCCAAAAUUUUCAGGCGACACUUUCAGUUUUUUAGAGUUAAUUUUUCAGGUAAUAACAAAUGGAAUUUGUUAGAGAAGCAGGAGAACUCCGGGGUAACCAAGGUGCAGAAGGGGAAGAGAGCGUGAUAUCCGUAGAACCAAUCACGAUGGUUGUACCGUCGGAACUGCAGGACUUGCCGGAAACCCUUACGCCGGAGAGCAGUGCCAGUUUAGGCGCACACGAGGGCUCCGGUGCUAACCCUUCUCCGUCAUCUGAAGGGUCGUCAUCAGAAAACACUACCAGUGCAAGUAGCCCCUCGCCGGAAAGUAUAGAGGUGGCCGUAAAUGUACCCCCAGUUGCGGAUUGGGAGAAUAAAAGCAUAGGUGGUAGGCUGAGCAAUCUUCGCAAAGCGCCACAUACAUUGACGGCCGGAUUUAGGUUUAGGGCGAACCUGCAUCAUGAUGUAGCAAAUUGUGCUACCUCCAUUAAAGGGGCUUGCAGUGUGUCAGCAACAGGGUGGAUACCCGUAUAUGUAGACCACUUCGACGCCGGCCUGAGAUCCCCGUUGGCUGGGCUGAUUUUUGACAUUCUGGCAAAGUACGAGCUGGUGUUAACACAGUUGACCCCCAACAGCAUAAAAUUUAUCGUAGAAUUUAUGCUGCUGUGUGCAAGGUUGGAGAUACCUGCGAAGGCCAUUGUGUUCAAGUCGCUCUUUCUAUGCCAGCUGAGUACCACACAGACGAGGUGGUACUACAUUUCUGAGCGGGAAAAAAUGGCAAUCUUUAAGAACGUGAGGAAUAAGUGGCGCCUAGGGCACGCGUACAUGAACUACCCCACACUAAUCCCGGGCGACCUGGAGCUUAAGGACAGGAUCACUAACUAUGUGAAGGGAGAGGGGUUAGUUGAUUUGGAAGCCCUGGUUACCCCUAAGCUGCUCGCUUUGCGUGGAUUUGUGGAUGUCACAAACCUGUUUAGUGAAGGAGAGAUGAGUAGCAUGCUCGAGAGACAACGAGAACGAGCUCAACGCUCACGAGGCAGGGGGACUGGGUCUAGCACAAGGAGGCAAACACGCUUUGACGAGCUGCCUCCUACAGCACCCCGCAGCUCGUCACAGAGGGAACAGGGGUCCAGCUCAACCUCACGGCCACGGGCCGAGCGCAGAGUAGAAACCGUUCCUACUGAGGUUCAGAGGCGUGCUCAUGAAGACUUCGAUGCCGAAGAUGAUGUACCACUGAUUCGGCGCAGAUUGAAUGCUAGGAGCCAACCUGGAGCGGGUAUGCAGAGCUUCAUCCCACCUGUGGACCGUCAGCACGCCAAAGGUUAUAUUCAGCAGCACGAGAGCCACGCUGCUAUGUUGAAGAUGAUGGAUGCAGCUCGUGUACAAAACCGGGAGCUAGCUGACAGCUGCAAGCGGUUGUCCUCAAACAAAGCGAGCUUGGAGGACGAGGUGAACCAGUUGCAGAACUCAGAGAUAGCCAACAGAGCUGCAUCAGUCGAAAGCCAGGCUGACGAGCUGGCCAACAAGGUCAACCAACUGCAUGAGGAGUUGGACAAGGUGAAGGCUGAGAAGGAGAGUGGAAUCCAGGUAGCCAUGGAUGAGGUCAUUCGUGCGGACCUUGCUCGCGCAGAGGAGUCACUGAAGAAAGCCAAAGCUGAACACCAACGCUGCAUUAGCAUCGCGCGAGCUCAAGGCGCAGAAUGGCUGGUAGGUGCUGACAUGUUCCAGGAUGUCGUAGCUGUGGCGUCCAUGAACACUACGACUGAGAUUUACAAUGAGGUUCGUGGUAAAGUGUUGAAGCACCGGCCAGACUUCCCGAUCAACGAGCUCUCAUUUUUUGAAGGUGAAGAGUUCGAUGCAGAGGGGAAGAGCCUUACUACUCCUUCUGAUACGACAUUGAGGCUCCAUUGGGAGCUAAAUGAAGAGGGAUUGCCUAUAUGACCACCGUCUGUUCUAGAAGUAGGAGAGGAGUUUGAGAACCUGCCAAGGUUCGACUCUU